CUCCUAUCACGUACCUGGUGAUGGAGGCCAAUGGAGAGAGGGCUUCCCUUGCGGCUAAGUUCCAGACUCCCCUGGAUAUGGGACAGAAGGAGUCAGGCCCAAAGUAGCACGGGUCGCCUGUAGGAGUGCUGGUCAGGAGUACACCCAGGAGCACAGCUGAUGCACUGGGAUGGUGUCUGCAGACAGGUGGCGCCUGUGAGCGGUAUGCAGGCCUUCAGGGAAACAGAGGACCACAGAGUAGUCGGUUCAAAGCCAAGGUCAAGUGCCAGGUGGAGAUUGGAGCCGAUGUAGUCAGUAGACUAGCCGGGGUCAU